GCGGCGGCGGCGGCGCGGCGCCGCAGCCAAGGGCCCGCCUCCUCCUGGCCUGCGCGCUGGCCCUCGCCGCGGCGGGCGGCUGCGGGCGCGGCGUUGCGGAGGACUCCCACUGCAUCGGCACGGCGGACGAGGCCAGCCUGCUGCAGAAGGGGAACCCGCGCGCUAUCUGGGACACGGCGGAGGACCGCUUGGAGGCGGUGCUCCAAGCCGCGGGGGAUCGCCUCCGGGAGCUGGUGGACGCAGAGACCAAGGACAGCGACGCCCACCCAAACGUUGAAUUUGCAGAUGACGCACAUCUCGGCGAGGGCACUGACGACCCUCACAUAGAUAGUGGUGUAGACCCCGAAGAGCAUGCAGGUGCUGAAGAUGCAGACCACGGGACGCUUCCCGUGGCCCAGCACCCCGACAAUCAUGCAGGCGCUGAAGACCCGGACCACGGGGCAGGUGCGCCACACGGAGAACACCACCACACUUACAGUUCAUUGGACGUCGCUGUGGGUGCUUGCUUCGUUGGCUUCGUCCUGAUCCUGAUGUCGGCAUUAUUUCUGGUCAACCAUUCCAAACACGACGUCCGCGCGGCUGCAUAUAGCAUGGUGUCCCAGACGCUGUCGGGGUACGGGGCGGAUUCUGCGCCGUGA